CCGUGGUCUAUGAACCAUUUAUUUUCCAUUACUUUUUUUAUGGGGAUGGGCUUCUCUGUUCUUUGUGUUUGGACUCUUGGGUGGCACAAAAAUAAAAUGAUUAUCAUUAUUUUCAAAGGUCAGAAUUGUUUUUCAUUCUUCUUGCGAGAAACCUCCCACCGACGCACCCAACGUACGACAAAAUAUUGUAACAGAAAGACAAUUUUUUUGCUAUUCUCAUAUUUACAUUUAACUAAUUUUAAUGCAACUUUUUUUUCGUGUUGGUUUGGUUAUAAUUGUGUCGUACAUUACUUCACACUUCUUAACUCAAAAAAACAACAAAACAAUAUUAAGACUAAAAAA